AGAGAGAGAGGAGAGGAGAGAGAUGAAGAGAGGAGGAGAGAUGAGGAAAGGAGUGAGAGACAUGAAGAGAACAGAGACAUAAGGAAAGACAGGAACGGAGGAAGAGACAGAAGAGAACACAGAGAGAGAGAAGAGAAAGAUCAAGAACGGAGGAAGAGACAUGAAGAGAACACAGAGAGAAAAGAGAAAGAUCAUGAACGGAGGAAGAGACAUGAAGAGAACACAUAG